AUGUGGAUUCCGUGUCCUCAUCCGUCACGACAACCUCGCCAAGUCAAUACGCAUUCAAUCCCUAUUUCAACUAUUCAUCGAUAAGCUCUUCGGCCCCAGCAUAUCCAUAUCAAAAUUUCGGAGAACUCGCCAAUUCAGACGGGAUGAACAAUAACAGCACAAAUCCAAUACAAUACCACCACCAAUCAGCAAACGGUACACCCCUGUCGCCGGUUGACAGCACAAGUUAUUUUUACAAUUUCAGCAAUUCCAACGGCAAUCAAUUCGACCUGUCCAAAAUUCUUUACCUUCCGUCCUAUGACUUGAUGCCGGCAGAUGGAAGUAAGGAUAAAGUAACAUUGGAAUAUGGUCAAUCACCAUCCGUGGGCGAUUGGGUAAGGAAUUGCGGUAACAGAGAUGGUGACGAUGACGAUGCCAGCAUUGGCAAUAAUGGGGAUGUUGAGACGGUGAGCAUUAAUAACAUUAAUAGUAAUGCAAAGAUAAAAAGACAAUCAAUCGGCUGUUCAUCACCCACUGGCAAUGGAUCAAAUGGUAUGGCAAAUAAGAACAAUUCCCCGGUGACUUCACCGUCAUUGGCCGAUGGCGAGAUCGCCGACCUGAGCACUUCUUCACAUACAAUGGCAGCCAAGAGGCCUAGAUCAUCUUCGCGUGCAUCGUUAACGAACGAUGGCCUAAACGGCGUUAGCAAUAACGGUGGUAGUGGUGGUUCGUCGUCCAAAAGCGCGAUGCCGACAACGUGCACCAACUGUCAUACGCAGACAACCCCCCUGUGGCGUCGCAAUCCCGAGGGUCAGCCUUUGUGCAACGCGUGCGGUUUGUUCCUAAAGUUACAUGGGGUGGUGAGACCGUUGAGCUUAAAGACGGACGUGAUCAAAAAACGUAAUCGCGGUGGAGCUACGACGACCGGCAAGAAUUCGUCGAAAGGUGGUAAGGGGACGACGGUGCAACUUGGGGCCGGUGCAAGCAUGAGCGUCAUGGGAAAGAGGGUUUCGCAGGCCAAUUCGAUGACUUCACGCUCGCACCUCGGAAAUUCACCAAAUUCCGUCUCGAUAUUAUCAACGUCCGCACCCACGAAUGCCCAAUUCACAUUUAAUGCGAGGCAACACGUGAUGCCAAAGAGGCAGAGGAGAUUUUCGAGUGACGAGCAACAAAUCUUACACGCACAGCUUGGCGGAGAGGUUCAUCCUCAAUCUCAGGGUUAUGGAUUGAUAAAAAGUCCCGUUGGUUCGAUCGCCUCCUCUAACGAUGCACAAUUGAUCAUGACAAUGGCGUCCGGUCCCCCUCCGUCCAAUGCCAACUCAUUCAAACAAUCGAGUACCGCUUCGGCGGACGCAAUAGCAUCAAGUAAAGCCCACUCACGGUUCCGAUCGCACACCACCUCGUCAAUAUUGUCAACCGCCACGUCACAACCGUCAUCGGCCGGCGGCGUUAGCAGUGUAACCCCGACGCCCACACCGUCAACGAGGUCUUCACAUUAUCAACAGUUAUUCGUGUACGCUUGGCCCGACGAGCAAAUGAUGCAGUCGGCACUGUCGGGUGAGGAUGAGGACAUAAUCAUUCCUUCAAAUGGCACCUUCGAACAACAUUAUGUUGACACUGAGACGGCCGGUGGACCGAAUGCGACCAUGGAUCUUGACAUUUUCUCGGGAAACAUUCUCAUCUAG